CCGGGCAGGGCGGUCCCGAGUGGUCGCCGCUGCGGCUGUCGCCGUGCGGGGACACGCGUGUCCCGCGGUGCCGGGGUGCGGUCCGCCCGGCGCUCGGCCAUGCCGGUGUGGCUGCACGCUCCGCGGGGGUCAGCGCUGCCCGCCCGCCUCCGCCCGCCCGCCCGCCGAUAAGCCAAGCCAUGACCGCAGCGCCCCAGGGGCCAGAUCUCAGCUUUCUGAACGAGGAGGAAGCCAGGGCGAUUUUCCAGGUGCUGCAGAGGGACGCGGAGCUCCGGCGGGCAGAGAAGGACAGAGUCAGUAAACUUCUCAAGAGAAAGAAGUCUGAAAAAGGGCUGCAGGGAGUGACGGGAGAAUGGUUUGAAGAAAUAAAAAGAAGAAAAUUUCAGAAUUACAUUGAUGUCAAUAGAAUGUUAAAACCAUCAUUAGAGCAUCAGCUAAGGAAGAGCAAAAACACCAGUCAUCAAGAAAUAAAAAUGUCAUCCCGCACAAAUCCUCAAGCACAAAAGAACACUUCAGCUUCCUUUCUGGGGUUCAGAUCACCUUUUGCUUGGCUUUCCUCCUUUAGAAGAUCAAGGAAAACCCAGACUCAGAAGCAACCACGAUAUGACAGUUCUGCUAGCCCACCCUCAAAAGUGGAAGAAAUGGCAACGGCUGAAAUGUGUAAUUCCCCAAUGUCAACUGAAACAAGCAGUCAUUCUUUUGAUACAAACCAAAAUGAAACAAUGGAGAAAAAUACACUGGAAUGGAAUGAACAGCUAGAGAAGGAGAUUUUCAGUGUUCUAAGUGAUCUGGAUGACCAGCUGGCCCAGGAACAAACCCAAGACCCUUUGGACAGGAUCAUUUCUACAAGCAGUGCAUCAAAUAUCCAAAGUAGUAGUGCAUGCCCUACUUCAAAGAGGCAGACUGCUAGUAGGGGGCAACAGAGAAAUGACUGGAGUGACAUUCCUAGCACAUUUUUCCCAGAUGGAAUGAGAACACUGAGAGCCAAAGAUGAACACAAGAUUUUCAUCAGACCAAGGAAGUUACACAGUGCAUAUAUAAACUGGCACCAAAGAGCCUUUCAAGAAGAUUGCAGUUAUGGUGAUGCAGUCGAUGGAAAUCCUCAUCUGCACCGCAGGAGGCUGUCUGCGGUUUCUUUCGGACGGUCUUCGGAAGGGAGCUUAUAUCCUCCUUCUGUAACACACAAUAGCGGAUUUAGGCACAAGGGUUGUAUGAACAGGGACACAGCUGGCAGAAGUUACUCUGUGUGUUCCCUUCGGAGAUGUCCAUCAUCAGUAUCUUCUGAUCAGCUCUCAGCAUCUAGUUUACAGCAUCCAUUGGCAAGGGAGAGCAAGAAUGGUUUUGUACCAAGGUUUGGUCGACAGAACCCAAAGAGAAUUCCUCUGUCUUCCAUUAUAUGGAACAACACACCAGACUCUUCAGAACAAACUCCAGAAACAAUGUUUAGAACUCAAUCACUGAUGGAGUUUCAUGCUACAGACCAUGGUAGAUAUCCCAGCUCUUUACAAGAAACUAAGAAAUACCCAAGUUACCACUCAAAACACCACUACAGAAGAUCUAUUUCAAGCAGUAAUUGCUUUAGUAGAGUUAGUUGCCCUGACAAAGCUACUUUUCUGUUGCCCUUUGAUAACUGGGAGAACUAUCCUUUAUACAAAUCAGAAAAUAAUCUCUCUAGAUCCUACUAUAGAAACACCUCUUCUCAUGGGAAGUUGUAUGAAAACCAAAAAAAUUCUUACGGAAGAAAAGACAGCUAUCCUUCUUGGGCUGAUAUUCCUCAGUGUUACAGUGAUGAUGUGUUUGUUUCCCCUGAUGCCAGCUUUGAAGCAUUUAUGGCUAAUUUAAAUGACCACCAAUGGGCACAUGCAAAGAAUGCCAAGUUUGGUUCACAGCGCCUGCAGAAUGAUUUUCACAUGUACUCUCCAGAAAAUACAAGUAUCAAAAGGAUGACAAGAAGUGCAAACAGAAAUUUUUCAGAGUUCACUGAGGGCUGUCAGCCUUGGCUAAGUUGUACCGCUUCUGUUUCUUCAUCUGGUAUCAGAACUGAUGAGUCAGUCUUUCCCAAUUCAAAGAACCAACCAGAACCUACAAGACUGAACAGGAAUUCAGUUGUUGUUACCCAAAGGGGUACUAAGGCAGACUUUACACACCUGGAAAAGGCUGAAGGUGUGAAACAGCCAGAUGAAGACACACUGUUACAAUCAGUUUCUCAACAAGCAGAUACAAGCUACAUCAACAAACAGAGUUUUUCCUCUAAUGGCCCUGCUUCUCCCAUUUGGCAAAGAGAUGUAUCUCUCUUUAAAACAGUGACAUCAAAGAGACAAGCCCAAGCCACUGCCAGAGGAGAUACUGCAAAAAUUUAUACAUCAAAUGGUGGUACAAGAAAUGUAGAAAUGAAGGAAAAUGAUUGCCCACCCAAUAGUGUGUUCAGUCAGCCUCCCUGUAUUUUGCCAGCUGAUGGGAGCAGGAAGGAACCUUUUCUUCCAAGUCAGAAAGAAUGGAAACAUAAUCUGCAUUAUGCAGCACAGGAUAGUUGGAGUGCAGAAGCCCUUAACAAAGCUACUCCAAAAAGACAGUCCUCACUACUAAAUGUUACUUCUGCUCUAUCCACUGAAAAAUUAGCAAACUGUCAAGGCAUGUUGUCCUGUCCUCCUGAGCUCUCAUCUAGUUUCUCACAAAACUCUCCACAAGCACUUUCUCAUAAAGACAAUGCUAAAUGCUUAGGAAUGCUAACUAGCUCUUCGGUAAAAUGCACUGUUACAGAAUCUCAAGCAGAAGUGGGGGAAACAGCUGAAGUGAAUAGAACAAGUGUUAGCAAAGAGAUUUCACAGGAGACACUGCAAAAUGCAAGCACUUUAGUUACUAAGGACUGUAAUGGACAAUUCACUACUAGUUCUCCACGAAAUGGAAAUUAUGGAAAUAUUUAUAUGCGUAGCUUUGAUGGAGACCCCAAUACCUCUGAAAAUAGUUUAAGUUAUUUUUGCCUUGAAAAAGAAACUGAAAAAAUGAGGAGUACUUCACCUUGUAUCAGAAGGUUUCACAAGCAAGACAGCUCACCAAGACAUACCAGUAGCUGUAGCAUUAUUGGCUCCCCUGGCAGAAACAGCUCCAAAUCUUCUGACCCUCUUGUUAUUUAUUACACUUUGCCUAGAAAAUCAGCUAGCAUUGCUGGUAGUAUUAUGUCAGAGACACCCAUCUCUUUACCUAGAGAAAACAGAACAACAUACAAUUGUUUAAGGUCUGAAACUCUGCAUGGAGCUGACGCCUCUUAUUCUAAUCAAAGAGAUGCGUCUUGUUUAGACCCAAAAUGUUCCUUUUUAACAUCAGCAUCAUUAAAUGCUGCCACAAGUAACAAAGAUUACCACAGUCCAUUAACCAAAAAUAGUAAUGAUUCAGUAAGUAGCAGUACAUCAGUUGAUGUGACAGACAGAUGUAAACAUCUAAGUAGAAGAGAAUCCUCUGUGUUUUCAGAUUAUAAGGAAGGGGCAAAUUUUUUGCAGAAAUAUAAAACCACAAGCACAUUUACCGUUUGUGUUGAUGAAGAUCAUGUCAAGUAUCAUGAAUUAGUUUCCAUUUAUUACACACUACCACGGAGGCAUUCAAAAACAUUUUGUAGCCUCUUUAGAGAUAAUUCAGAGGAUGCAGAUUUAACUUGUCCCAAAGAAACUGCUCAGUCACCAAGAACACAAAACAAGAAAAAUGAAGGUCAUGUGAGUUUAGCAAAUGUUUUUUUCCCUACUACUUCAGAAAAAGAGGUGCCUUCAUAUUCUUCUGACCAAGUAUCUUCAGUUCUGGUCACACCUCAGAAUUCAAGAACUGCUGUUGACAGUGAAGAGAAUUCUCACUUAUCCCCUAGCUCUGAGAAAUCAGUGAGUGUGGUACUUAACAAGAAAGAUAAUUCAGUAUAUCUUCCAGUAGCAGAAAAUGCACUUUCUGAUGUGGUGACAAAAGAAAUUUCUUUUGGUGGCCCACAAUCCACUGCGAUAGUGACUAAGUCAGGUAAGGCCAUUUCUAAUGCUUCAAGCAGCCAAAAGGCAGAAAUAUAUGUAAAAGAAAAUAAGGAAAUUUCACAAAGAGCCACACCACUAAUGUCCACUUUAUCAACCCCUCCCAAGCCAGGCAGACAUUUAGAGAAGCCCUUAUAUUCUAAUUCAACAAAUAAAAAUAUCAUACAGAAGGGAAGUUUGGAAAGCUGCUCUCAGCCCCCAAAAUUGAACAAGAAAAAUCUGAACAGUCUAUUCCUCCGCUCCAGAGAGAAGAGUUCCCUUGGAAGGAGUGGUAACACAAAGCAUGCUGAUGUCCCACUUACUCCCGUGGAAGAUACGUACAGGGAUAGUGCCCAAGUUAAACAGAGAGUAGAUGUCCUACACCGAACCACCUCUCUGUGUAAUAAUAAAUUUAGUGGACUGCAUCUAAGGACUGACAGUUCAAGGAAAAAAGAGAAUGGUUUAAACUUUUGUAGCAAAGUGCUUCCAGAGUCUUCAAGCAAAGCAUCUGAGGUAAGCACAGCUUCCAGUGCUGAUCCAUUUCUUCAGCUAAACAAAGUGGCUAGCACAGAUACAGAUGAAGUAAAGAAUUCAAAAAUUAAAAAAGAGCAAAACUCACAGGGUUCUCAUAUGGGUAGAGUUUACAGUGGUUUUCAGGAAUCAGAGAGGCAUAAUGAGGGCAACCUGAACAUUAAAGAUAAAGUCUCCAGGGUUACACAAGAUCAGAACAUAACACAGAAUGCAGAAGAGGAGAACAAGCUUCUCUCCGACUGCACAAGAGACAAAGUCAAAGAUAUAGAGAAAAGGAAAAACAGACCUUCAAUUAAAAAUAAAUUGGCAGCUGUUUACAAAACAAGUCGUAAAUUUUCAAGUAAAAAUUUACCCCCCAAACCACACAUAAGUAACAUUUUUUCACAGAAUGAUGGAAGUGCUACUUCUUUAGAGGUCAACAUGUCCCUUGAGUCAUUGAUUUCAAUGGAUUCCCACCAGCCAUUCCUGGAGUUGGACAAUGAAAAUCAGAAUCACAGUCUGAACUCUGAUGAGAAUAAUCCAAGACCAAUAACAGCUGAUAAUAAGACUGAAAAUCAGAAUGAUCCUUCUUUGCUUGUUAACAGCAAAAGGAGGCCCUUUACAAGUUCAUAUACCCAGAAGGAGGACAUCAGUCCUCAAAAAACUGCAGUGAAAGUGGAAAAUAGGCCAAGACUUACAAUGCCAUUUCCAGAUAAACCAGUAACUACAAGAAAUAAGAAUUCCCAAACACUUGAUCUCAGGUUAGAAAGCAAAAGCCAGCCCAUUGCUCCCAGUGCUACUACCUCAUACCCACUGGAUGAAGAGAAAGGAAGAGCUAGCAGUCAUACCUGUGCUCCUCCCUUGCCACUUUUAACUGACAAAAACUCCAACACCCAUGUAAAUAGCUGCUUGCAGGCAGACACAUGUCCAGAGCAAAACUUGACUUCCCAGACAGUGCUUGGUCAGCGUCAAAAUACCUCUCAGCCUGCCAGUUUAGAAAACGCUAACCUCAAUAGCUAUCAGUUGCGCAAGAGCAAUGUGAAAAGUCAGCGUGAGCGUCACCUCUCUGAGGGCAUUUGUGCUCGAGAUUCCCUUGAGACCUCUGCCUCAGGAAGCAAUAUUCUACCCAAAGAUGGCAUACAUGGGAAGAGAUUUAAAUCUUAUUCAGAGCUGUUGUCUUGUGAUGAGAAUGAAAACUGGGCGUCAGACGAUGAAAAAUGCUACAGCACUAGAAAUGUAAUGUAUCCGUCUGUGGAAUUUGGUAUAUUUGGCAAGGAGCAACAACUGGCUUUCCUGGAAAAUAUCAAGAGGUCACUCACAGAAGGGCGAUUAUGGAGACCAUGUCUACUUAACAACCCUGGUGGUUUCAGAGAUACAGAGAGCUCUUCUAUAAACAGGGGUGAGCUUCUGAGCUCGAGUUCUACUGGGAGCAAAAUGUCGUCAGCUGCUUCAUCCCCCCGAGAGCUGACUGAUACCUAUGUGGAAGAUUCAGCUGCUUACUCGGACUCAGACAGUGAUACCACCACUGAUGAUGAAUAUUACCUAGAUGAGAUAGAUAAAGAAUCAGAGCUAUGAAGGGACUGUGGUACUAAGAGGGCAUAAUAGUGUGGUAGUUUCUGGGCAGGCAAAAACAUGUCAAAUACACUGUGCCCAUUCUUGUGCUGCUAUAAAUUGGUACAGCUUCCUUAGUUUCAAGGGAGUUAGUAUGGUAUAUUAGCUGAGCAUUUGGCUUUUGUAUUAAAUGUGUGGCUUCACCUUUCCUGUUUCUCUUAGCAGGGAAAAACAAUGUUAAAAAAUCUCUUCCCCAAAUAAUAGAAGGUAAACAGCUGUGGAGCUUUGGGCAGUGUUAGUCUGAGGAUGGCUUUCCUCUGAGUCAGAAAGCAGUAGUUAGGUUCCUGCCAGCUACACAGUGCUGGAAUGGAUAAAUUCAAGCUUGAGCUUGAGCUUUUCUUACAGAACUUAACAGAAAACCAAGAAGUUACUUUGCUGAUAAUUUGUUGUUUCUCCGAUCUUCCUUGUUGUCAAGCAUGAUAAUGCUAAUCCUUCCCACUGAACAAAUAUCCUCACAAAAUGAAACCUCUUAAAUCCUUACAGCAUAUUCUGCAUGAAUGUUCUUUUUGUGCAUUCCUGGGAAGCAUAGCAACAAUGUCCCUGGUGGCAUUUUUUCUGCUGUGCUGUUGAGGCAGAUUCCACACUAGGACUUUACAGCACUGCAAGAGCUGUGAGGAAUGUGAGUUGCAGAAGUACUUCUAGUAUAGGAGAAAAAGCUAAACACAGGGCACAGCAACUGAGAAGCCGACCAAAAGAAAGUCAGCUGAGCAUGGAAAUCUGCUUUCCAGACAUGGAAGAUUCAUAACCAGCACAGCUUUGGUAACAGUUGAUAUGACAGGCCAGAUUUCUGGUCUUAGAAACAGGUUAAUUUGGAUAAAAAGUCAGACACUUUUAACAAUUCAAAAUAUGAAACUAUUUAGCUUGUUAAUUUCCUGUAUUAACCUCAUAGGUUGAAUCUUCAGGUGUCCUAGCAGUGAGAAAAUAACCAAAACAGCAGUGAGGUCCCAGAGUUCUGCAGCUGCCUCUGCUGGGCUGGUCUCAGGAUGAGGCACCUGCAGCCACUGUGCUCCUUUAGGGCAGCAGCACCUGGGGCAGCCUGAGAGGGCACUUGGCUGGGGCACUGCUGCGCUGUACACACUGGUGGCUUCUUACAUGCAAAGUAAAUUAAACCAGUGAGAAAGGCUCUUUGCCCUUUGUCGAAUUGCCAUCCCCUUUUGGUAUUUUUCAACUGUUCCUGCUGUGACCACAGUACUCUUUAUCCUCUAAACGGAAUGGGUGUAACGUGUUCCAUUGGCUCUUCUUCAGCCACAACAAUAAUGUAGUAUUAUUACUCAGUAGCCAAAACUUGUCCCUGGCCAUUAAAUAUCUAACUAAGCUUUAUUCUCUUUUUAUGAAAAAUCAGAAGUGGCUCACUGAGCCAGAAGAUAUAUUUUAAAAUAAUUAUACAUUUUCUUCUACUUUAUUUCUAAUUUCAUAUAUGGUCUGAAAUUAUGGUCCAUAUUUUAUAUGCUUUUUAAUUCCAUAAAAUUUCUGUAGGACAUAAUUAUAUUUUUCUAACUUGAAGGACAGCAUAGUGGUAUUUUAAAAUAAUAUAUUUUACAAAAAACAAGCAGUGCUUGUAUCACUGACUAUUCCACAAGAAACUUAAAGAUGAAAAUAUUACAGUAGGUAAGAGGUAUCCUUAUUUUUUCAUACUGUAAGCUUCGUUAAAGAAGUGGGUCUGUAGUUCAAACCUGUACUGAUAUAUAAGUAUCAUUACUUUUUGCUGGGGUAAUUUGUCUUUUAUUGUACAUAGAAGGACUAACAUAAACUGUAUAUUUAUAGACAGAACUGAUGUUUACCACAUGCCUGUUUCACAAGGAUAAAAGAAUAUGCUGACAUAAGGCAAUGCUGGAAGGAAAUGACUAGUGUAUAAUUGCAGUCUUGUAAAAAGUGGUAUUCUAAGGAGAAAUUAAGUUUUUCUGUAAAUGUCUCUAUUCUCUGUGUGUACAGGAUUCUGUAGAGUAAGACAAUAAAACCAGCUGAGUAUGUGUGGAAUUUCUGCUGUUGUACAUUUCUGCGAAAUAAAUUAAUCCAAAAAUUUGUGAUACCAGCCUACAUAAGGUAAAGAAUAAUAAAAGAAAUGUGUACAAAGGAA